AAACUUUUUUUGGCAAAUUUUUAAUUUACCCACAAAAAUUUGCCAAUAAACGUUUCAAAUUAAAAUAAAAUUAUAAAUCAUUCCGUAGGUUUUAAUGAAUUACAUUAUUUGUGAUUAUGUACAGACUUAGAUAUCAACAUAUCCAAUACCUUAGAUCGAGGUUAUGAUUGGGACCUUCCAGUGGUUGUUUAUCGACUGAACUUUGUUUUUUUGCUAAAAUGCGAACGUAUUCGCGCAAGCGGCCUGUCUACCAGGCGAUCAAGGGUGUGUCGGAACUGUGUCGGCUGUGCCUGGGCCGCGACGAGGUGUCGGUGCCGAUCUUCGACGACGCGGACCAGCUUUGCGCCGCCCUGUCGCUGCGUAUCAUGAUCUGUGUGGGGCUGGAGGUGAGGCUAUCAUAAAUGACUCGUGACAGCGAUCUACCUAAUGCAAUAUGCGUAGAAUGUUAUAAACAAUUGGAACAGUGCUAUACAUUCCGUAAAAAGUGUGAAGUGACGUAUCAAAAGCUGAAGGCUCAUGUGUUGGCUAUGAAAGGGAGACAUCUAAACCCCACGGCCAUGAAGACUAUGGAAGCAGCUGACAGCGAGCCUUCUCCAGUUGAGAGCAACGAGCAGGAACAAUUAGUUUUGACCUACGACGAAGCCCAGCAAAUGCAAUUACUCAAUCUAGUCAAUUCCAAUAGUGUGCAGUUAGAUACAACUGAGAACAUAUAUGACACAGCAACGUUGGAAGUUUUAUCAAAUGAAUUAGAGAAAUCAACAUGUGAUGAAGUAAAUACUGUUACAGUUGAUGAAUCGAUACCGAACCCUAGUACAACUCCGUUAGAAAUAGAAGAGAGCGCCUCUGACCUCUCCCUGAUAAUGUCCACGAUGCUGCUGGAGCUAGGCGUUCUCGGGCAAGAGGGCGAGGGCCUGAUCCUCGCAGACGAGGGCCUCAGGACUGUGGAGCUGGAAGGAGCAGAUAACACCAAGGUCAUACUGCAACUAGUAGAAGAAGACGAGGAAGAAAAAGAUGUACCUGUAGAGAUUAAUAAAAAAACCAUAGAAGUUGAACCUUUAUAUACCUUAACUUUAUUAAAGGAGGGUAUAAUAAAAUCAAACAAACCAAGACAGCAAGCAAGCAAGACAAGUAAGACAAGCAAAGAAAAAGGGACUAAGGGAGACACGACGUGCCGCGUGUGCGCGAAGCGGUUCACGUCGCGCAGCGUGCUGGCGCGUCACGCGCGCGUGCACUCGGGCGCGCGGCCGCACGCGUGCGCCACGUGCGGCCGCCGCUUCGCGCAGCGCGCCGUGCUCAAGCGACACGAGCUCGUGCAUCGCGACAAGCGUCCGUUCGCGUGCACGCAAUGCCCAAAGAGCUUCACGCAGCGCGGCGCGCUCGAGCAGCACGCGCGCAAGCACGCGCCGCCGCACGCGCGCGCGCUCGCGCUACACAGCUGCCCCGCCUGCGACAAAGUCUUCCUCUACGCCUCCGGCCUGAGCCGUCACAUGCCGGUGCACACGGGACGGCGCUACCACUGCGCCACGUGCGGCCGGGCUUACUCAGACCCAAGCGCGUUGCGGCGACACGCGCGAAGACACCACACCCUCCCCGGGGAGACCACGCCCCCUCCGCCGCAGGACUGAGACAGGCGUAUACGAAGCUCAGAGGUACACCAGUCGCCCCCUCCCCGCCCCUCAGCUCAGAAGUACACCAGCCGCUCAGAAGUACGCAGCUCAGAAGUACACCAGCCGCUCAGAAGUACGCAGCUCAGAAGUACACCAGCCGCUCAGAAGUACGCAGCUCAGAAGUACACCAGCCGCUCAGAAGUACGCAGUAUUGAGGCAGGGGACUGAAUGCAAACCGAGAGGUAUGGACAUCGCGCAGGCACCAUGUUUGAGCAUCACCUCGCUGCCGCAGGACUGAGACAGGCGUAUAAGAAGCUCAGAGGUACACCACCCGCCCCCUCCCUGU